CCUGUGAGAGUACAAGCAAGCACAAAACUAAACAAAAAAACAAAGAGGAGGAUCAUCAAUUCAUCGUCUCCCCCACCCUCCUCUUUCUCUCUCUAAAUUUGGCCAAUUUAGAGAGAGAGAGGAACAAUCUCUUUGGUAUUCUGUGUGAAAUUGAACCCCCAUUGGAGAGGAGAGAGGUCGAGAGAAGUUGAGGAAAUGGGUGGGAAGAGGUUUUGUGUUCUUCUGUGCGCGGAGGACUCUGAGUACGUGAAGAAGAUGUACGGAGGGUACUUCGGGGUGUUCGUGAGAAUGCUGGCCGAGGAAGGCGAGAGUUGGGACGUCUACCGCGUGGCGUCCGGGGAGCUACCGGACGACGACGAGAUCGCCCUCUUUGAUGGGUUUGUCAUCACCGGAAGCUGCAAUGAUGCGCAUGGGAACGACGUUUGGAUCUGCAAGCUGUUGAAUCUGUUGAAGAAAUUGGACGACAUGAAGAAAAAAGUCCUGGGUAUUUGCUUUGGACACCAGAUACUAGGCCGAGCAUUGGGAGGAAAGACAGGCCGGAACAUGUCAGGCUGGGACAUUGGAGUUACAACCAUCCAUUUAUCAUCAUCCUCAAAGCUCUUUUCAUCUCUGAAAAUUCCACCAACUCUCUCACUGAUUGAAUGCCAUCGAGACGAGGUCAGAGAACUUCCUCCUAAGGCUGAGGUGAUUGCAUGGUCCGACAAGACUGGAAUUGAGAUGUUUAGGUAUGGGGACCAUAUUAUGGGCAUCCAAGGUCACCCCGAGUACACCAAAGACAUUCUCCUGCACCUUAUUGACCGCCUCCUCCAGCUCGAUAUGAUCAUGGAGUCUUAUGCUGAGGAGGUAAAAGCGAAGGUGGGGGCACUUGAGCCAGACAGAGAGGCAUGGAAGAAACUGUGCAUUAGCUUUCUCAAGGGUGGAUGGUGAAUUUGUGGUGAUAAAUCAAUAAUAUUAUAUUCUGAAUGUAUUUAGAAUAUAUUCUGAAUAUAAUAUAUAUUCUAACAAUUUAGAAUAAAAGAAAACUGUAAAUAUGAAGUAUUGGAAGUAGAAGAAGAGAGAUAGACAAGUGUGAUAGGCACGUUUAGCUGUUUUGAUGUGGCAUUCUAAGAUAUGAUGAAUCAUGUCAAAUAAAUUACUAAGGUUUUGUCAAUUCAACUUGUUUUAUUUCA